GGAGUAUCCAGGGGCAGAACACCCCAGGAGGGAGAGUCCGUGCGGAGGUCCUGAGCAGCCGCGUCCUGGGUUUGGGAAAUGUGGAGGAGUGAUGGGUUUAGGAGGUGCUGGGAGGCCGAGCCCCCACUGUCUUGCUCUGUCCCACCUGGGAAGAAGGGACGCAGGGCCCUAACAGCAGAGGCUGGGCCCUGAGCCGGACCGCAUCCUCCCCCCAAGGGGGAGUGGGGCCCUGCACCCUCACACAGCCCCGUGUGACCCGUGCACGCCUGUGAAAAGGAGGGAGGACCGGAACUCCGUUGUGCCGAGUGCUUCAGACACGUGGCUGUAUUUCCAGUUUCCCGAGUGCCGUGGCCGGGAGGAACCACAGUUACUCCGACUCACAGAUGAGAAAACUGAGGUCGGGGAGGGCCAUCCUUUACACCUGGUUGUAGGGUUAGUAACAGAAGUACCCGCCUUCAGCCAAGGUCCACCCACGGACCAGCACCGGCGCCUGCAUGCCCAGGAGUAUCUGCCCCCUUUUAGGGCCCCCUGAGCCCCCAGGGCACUGGCCUCCAGGGGUCCGUCACCCUCGAUUCCUGGUGCCAGUGGGUCACACGGUGGCGGGUGCUCACUCCACAUUUGCAUGGCAAGGCAACCCGGCUGCAGGCAGGGGUCUUGGGGCGAGGAGAAGCAGAGACGCACAGGGCCCUGCACGUCUGGGCUGCCCCUUGGGGCACCGCUGCAGGUGUGCCGGACGCAGCUUGUCUGAAGAUACGGAGGCCCGUGUGUACGUGGGAGGCGGCGGAGCUCCCCAGGAAAGCCCUGGCAGGCGCCCCAGUGGAGGCAUGCCCUCGCCUGGCUUCCAUCGCCAGGUCCAGAGUCCAGCCUGGCCCAUGUGGGUCACUCCGCCCCUUCCCAUGGCUGAGAGCUGUCCCCUCUAAAUAUAGCCCAGCGGGCUGAGCACAGGCCUAUUUUGGGCCCAGGCUGGGAGGCGGCCAGGCCUUCCCCAGUUUCUCGGAGGGGCCGCCCGUCACUGCCUCCAUCCUGUCCUGCGGCUGGGCACCGACGUUGGGCCCGCGGACUGCCCACCCGCAUCAUGCCUGAGGAGACCCAAGAAGACACCACGGCGCCGUUGAGCCAGAGGAACAGGGCACCACUAGCCCCCAACCACGUGCAGGAGGUGCGCCUGCACCACGUGGAUUCCAUCAGCGACCUACACAUAGGAGGCUCGCUGCGCUCCUACCUGGCCGAGGAGGCACAGCCGUGGGACGAGCUGCUGGGCAUCCUACCCCCGUCACUGUGCGCCCAGCCUGGCUGCAGCCCCCUGCACAGCCGUGGGGGCUUCCUGCUGCUGCUCGCGCUGCUGGUGUUCACCUGCCUGGCGCUGGCCGUCGUGGCUGUCUACUUGAGUGUGCUGCAGAGCGAGUCCCUACGCGCGCUGGCGCACACACUGCACACGCAGGAGGAGACGCUGCUCAGACUCCGGCUGGCCAGCCUCAGCCAGCUGCGGAGGCUCAACUCCAGCGAGGCCCGAGCACCCAGCUGAGUUGCCGCUUGGACCCGGAGUCUGGGGGGGGGGGCGGCGUGGGGGAGGAAUAAAGUGGCAGCUGACAGGUUCCCCCCCUCCCCUUGCCGCUCCACACUACUUCCUUGGUGAGGUUGUGUGUGACAACCUGACCUGACUCCACAGCUGCCUGCUUCUCCUGGCGUCCUCGGGCCAGGCCUGGCCAAGCCUCCUGGUGCCAAGGCUCUGCUUUGGGUGGCCCAAGGUCAGGAGGAAGCGACACCAGCCUCCCAGGCCCUCCUGUGGCCUGCCUGCCCUCUUUGGCAUCCCCCAGAUAGCGGCUCAGAAGUCUAGAAAUAUCUGCCCCUCCCGUCACCCAAGCUUUGCCAGGCCUCCUGGCGGGGGGGUGCAGCCUCAGCUCUCGAAGA